AUGGGGCUACUGCACUCUCAGAACACCAGUCUCCUCAACUCCAAGAAGAAGCUGGAUGCAGAUGUGAGCCAGCUGCAGGGCGAGGUGGUGGAUGCAAUCCAAGAGUCUCACAAUGCAGAGGAAAAAGCCAAGAAGGCAAUCACCAAUGCAGCCAUGAUGGCAGAGGAGCUGAAGAAAGAGCGUCAUCUGGAGAGGAUGAAGAAGAACCUGGAGGUCUCCAUGAAGGAUCUGCAGCACCGCCUGGAUGAGGCUGAGAGCCUGGCUUUGAAGGGGGGCAAGAAACAGCUCCAGAAACUGGAAGCUCGGGUGCGGGAAGUGGAGGCUGAAGUGGAGAGUGAACAGAGACCAGCUGCUGAUACAGUCAAGGGAAUCCAUAAAUAGAGGCAAGUGAAGGAACUCACCUACCAGACUGAAGAGGACAAGAAGAGUGUUUUGAGGCUGCAGGGCCUCGUGGACAAGCUGCAGCUCAAAGACAAGGCUACAAACACUCACUACUCGGACAUUACUCGGCUUGCUAAGCUGAGGAAGGUGCAGCAUGAGCUGGAGGAGGCGCAGGAGCGGGCAGAUAUAGCUGAGACCCAGGUCAACAAGAUGAGAACCAGGAGCGGAGAGUUUGGAAAGAGACACCUUCAUGUUGACUUUGGUUUAUUGGGAACCCUUUUGGCUUCCUGGGGAGAUUCGCGAGACAUCCGUCCCCCCACCCCCUCCCCCUGUCGCUCCGUGCGGCUUGACGCUGCUCUGGCGGCGGACAGACAGUGGAGCGUGCAGGCUGGAGGGGGAGAAGAACCUGUUCACCAGUUUCACCCAAGUUCCAGCGCGGUGAGACCAGCCCCCGAGCCCCGAGCCCCGGACCCCGAGCCCCGAGCCCCGAGCCCCGAGCCCCGAGCCCCGGACCCCGAGCCCCGAGCCCCGGACCCCGAGCCCCGAGCCCCGAGCCCCGAGCCCCGGACCCCGAGCCCCGAGCCCCGGACCCCGAGCCCCGAGCCCCGAGCCCCGGACCCCGAGCCCCGAGCCCCGAGCCCCGGACUCAACCUUUCACUUCCGUCGCAAAGUUCGUAUUUGUUCAGAGGAGCGGAGUGUCAUCAUCACUGA